AUGUACCGCGGCUCAUCGAUGUGUUCGCCGCCCUACCCCGUUUACGUUUACGUUCAGGCUUGGGACAAUCUUGUCCAUAGAUAUUAUAAUAUCUCCUCCCCGCUUACUGGUGCUCGUCUUGUCGCAAUGGCUGUCCUCGAAAGUCAAACGGCGGCCAGCCAUGCUGACUAUGUGCGGAUUCCUUGCAUCGUCUUCUUUGCAGUCACGCCCAUAUUUUUGGGUAUUCGAUUAUACAACCGCAUCUCAAGGAGGACCGGUCUCGGCUGGGACGAUGGAACCAUUAUUGUGUCCUACUUCUGCACCCUUACUGUCAUGAUUUUUAUGAUGGUAUCCGUGGAUGCUGGCUUCGGAAAGCACGUCAAGUCGCUGUCGAGACCCGAUAGGCUCAAGGCCCUGCAGAUGUUUUACAUUGCUCAAAUAUUUUACAAACUCACCAUAAACCUCACCAAAGCCUCGAUUCUCCUGCUCUAUCGUCGAAUCUUUGUUCAACAGUGGUUCCAAUAUUGCUGCAACACCCUCAUCUGCAUCGUAACGGCCUACUGUAUCGCCACCAUGGCGUCGUCUAUCUGGCAAUGCACACCGAUACCUUUUGCUUGGGACAAGUCCCUAAAUGGCAGUUGCAUCAGCAUGAUCAAGAAUUGGUACGCCAAUGCCGGCUUCGCCAUUGCCACGGAUGUCUUGAUUCUCUGCCUUCCCAUGCAACCUAUGUGGGCCAGCAAGCUCCCCAUGAACCAGAAACGAGCUCUUAUGCUUGUGUUUGCUCUAGGUGGCUUAGAAGCUAAACGUGAAUCACCUAGUGUUACCGUCACAUCGAUCCUGCGCGCGACGACCCUCAAUUUUUCCAUUACUUCUCCCGAUGUAACAUGUGAGUUAUGCGUCCCAUAUUUCACCUUGGCUAUAUUAACAGUUGACUCUAUAGACGAUAUCUUAUCUACACUCUGGACCAUGAUUGAGAUGAAUGUCGCAAUCAUUUGCGCAUGUCUACCCAUGUGUCGCAUGGUUCUGGGAUGGAUGCUUCCUGGUCUCUUUGGUUCCACCACCGUUCCCUCUACGCAUAAGUACCCACCACCGUCUGGCUCUUUCGAUCCAACAAUGACUAUCGGCCAUCGACGCCUUCGCUCUCGCAAUGGCGAGUGGGCACCUUACACUGGCCCGAGCGAGAUCGCGGGCAUAAGCCACAGCUCUGUGCAUCAUCACGACGAAUCCAGCGAGGAAUAUAUCCUGUCGCCAUAUCAAAAAGUUCAUAUUCCAGAAGACGCUGGCGGCAACAUCCGCAAGACCACCCAGUACGAGGUAUCUUAUGAGGGUAAAUUGCCCAAGGCUGAGGAAGGGCGACCCAAUACUACCCGGGGAGUUGCUGUUUGA